AUGGAGGCGGCGGCGCUGGCGCGGGAGGGCGGCGGCCCGGGCCCCCCCCCCCACGAACCCAUCAGCUUCGGCAUCGACCAAAUCCUCGGUGGCCCCGAGCCCGCGGGCCCGGCCCGGGCGGCGGAAGCCGAGUACGGGCUCUACGGCGGCGGUUACGGCCCCGCCUGCUCGCUCGGCUCCUACAACCUCAACAUGAGCAUGAACGUGAGCGUCAACGUGACCCCCGCGCCCGCAGGGGUCAUCCGAGUCCCGGCGCACCGGCCCGCGCCCCCCCCGCCGCCCGCAGCCCCCCCGCCGGUACCGGGGCUCUCGGGGCUCCCCUUCCCCUGGAUGGAGACCUCGCGGCGCAUCGCCAAGGACCGGCUCUCAGCCGCGCUGGCCCCGUUCGCCGCCACCCGCCGCAUCGGGCACCCGUACCAGAACCGGACCCCCCCCAAGCGCAAGAAGCCGCGCACGUCCUUCAGCCGCGGGCAGAUCUGCGAGCUGGAGAAGCGCUUCCACCGGCAGAAGUACCUGGCCUCGGCCGAGCGAGCGACCCUGGCCAAGGCCCUCAAGAUGACGGAUGCGCAGGUCAAGACCUGGUUCCAGAACCGGCGAACCAAGUGGAGGAGGCAGACGGCGGAGGAGCGCGAGGCCGAGCGCCAGCAGGCCAACCGCCUGAUGCUGCACCUGCAGCAAGAGGCCUUGCAGAAGAGCCUGAGGCAGCCGCUGCCGCAGGACCCGCUCUGCAUGCACAACUCCUCCCUGUACGCCCUGCAGCACCUGCAGCCCUGGGCCGAGGACAAGGUGACGUCCGUCUCGGGGGUGGCCUCCGUGGUGUGAGGGCCGC